AUGGACGAUGGCGCAGUCUCUUCGUCGAAGAAUGCUGUAGACGAUGGUAUCGUGGAGUGUGAAAGUUCGCUUGAGGAGCAGCACAAGCAGAUCUCUCAAACACCCCCGCCGAAAGCGCGGCGCAAUCGAUUCACACGCUGGCUACACUACCUUGAAUGGAAUGGCGUUGAGCCAGUGCCCGAAGAGCAACAGACCCAGAGAAGUAUCUGGAAAAUAGCUUUAAUAUGGCUCAGCGUGAACAUUAACAUCUUGUCGUUCUCUACCGGAACAUUGCCUCCCCUGGAAGGCAUGGGUCUGCGCUCCAGUUUUUAUACCAUUGUUGGCUUUAUCCUGCCGAGCAGUAUUGUACCUGCAUACUUUUGCACGUUUGGUCCCCGUCUGGGAAUGCGGCAGAUGAUUCACGCGCGGUAUUCGUUUGGGUACUUUGGCAGUAGCAUCAUUGCGCUCGCUAUUGUAUUUUCCGGCUUGUGCUACACAAUUCUGUACGUGACGAGCGAUGAAAAAAAAACUGAUUCCAGGAACGCCAUCCUCGCCGGUGAAACGCUACAGGCAGCAUCUCCAUGGCAUGGCGACCACUAUGCCUUAUCGAGUGUAGUCGGGAUUGUGAUCAUAACCGUCAUUGCGUUCCUGAUCUCGAUUUGCGGCAUCCGUGUCCUGCACUUCAUCGAGCGCUACCUGUGGAUUCCGAUCGUGAUAAGUUUUGCUAUUCUUGCUGGCGAGGCAAAAGCAUCGGCACAAGGGCUGCACACAGUGCACCACGAGCCGAAACCAGCGACGCGCCAGAUUCUCGGCAUGGGCGUGUUAUUUGUCGGGUUCCAACUCUCGUAUGCGGGCAUGGCGUCAGACGUGAGUUUGUACUUGCACCGUUGCGCCUCGUCCACGAAGCUGUUCAUUGCAUGCCUGAUUACCUUUGCUCUGCCAUCCUGCUGUAUUAUCAUGCUUGGCGCAGCGUUUGGCGCUUCUGCACAGACCAUCCCCGAGUGGAACGAGCUGCUUUUAAGCAACCCAUCACCUGGCCCCCUUAUUAAUUACGUGCUUACAUCACAUCUGGGCAACUUUGGCAACUUUCUGACCGUGCUCUUGGCGUUCUCGGCGAUUGGCAACAUGGCCCUCUCGUUCUACUUUAUUAGCGUCGACUUUCAAAUUAUUCUGCCGCUGCUCGCCAAACUGCCGCGCUUCUGCAUGCCCCUCAUUGCAUUUUCCAUUACGCUUCCUGUCGCUAUCGUGGGGCGCAAUACAUUCUAUGAUACCCUGAGCAAUUUGGCCAGCAUUAUUGCGUACUGGACAGCGCUGUACUGCGGAGUUGUCCUGGCCGACCACAUUGUGAUCCGGCGGCUGCAAUUCAGCUCGUACGAUCCUGCAAUCUACAAUCAAUGGCAAAAGCUUCCGCCGGGCAUGGCAGCACUGGGCGCCUGCAUUCUUUCGUUGGGAUUGGUCAUCCCUUUUAUCGACCAAACAUGGUUCGAAGGACCGUUGGCAAGCGCCUUGGGCGACUUGGGAUUUGAAAUCGGCAUUGUCCUCAGUUUUGUGCUAUACCUGCUGCUACGACCCUUGGAGAUGUAUAUUUUUAAGCGCUAG